AUGGUCUCGUUUUGGUCUUUAAGCUCAGCUCUUUCACUCUCAAUCCGUCCAAUGGAGGUCCAUCUCACGGCGCAGGCGUUCCUGGUAGGCGGCGCGGUGGCUCCGAGCUCAGCCUUCUCCCACCGGCACUGCAGCGUCGCUACUAUCAAGUCUUUCCUUCCCAACGACAGGCGCGUGUUCUAUGCGAACCACUAUGCGGCCAAUGACAGCUUCACGCUGAACGCUGGAUUAUGGCGCUCUCUCCACACCGCACGCAACAUCGACCCUCACUAUGCCGAAACAACCGUCAACAAGCUGCACAGCGACUGGUACACGGUCAACGAUACCUUCGUCUUCGAGGGCUACGCAAAGGGCACCGAAGCAUCCUGGACUUCCAAUGGGCCGGACGCAGACUUUGUCACGUAUAUUCAGUACAUGAUGCAACUCGUCAGCGGCUGGACAUGGGAGGAUUGGAACGACGGGCUGAUCGUCCUCUCGGACGCGCUCAACCCGGGCAACGCGACAGCUGGGGACUUUGACAUCUCUUCUUUCUAUAGAAAAGGGCGGCAGGCUUAUUCACACGUUGCCCAAGCUCUUGAGCCAAAAGGGAUCAAACUAGACGAUUUCUACCGCUUCUUUCUAGUCCCCGGCAUGCAGCACUGUGGGCUGAUCCCCUCUAACAUGAACGCUCCCUGGUACUUCAACGGCGACGGGAAAAAUACGGCGCUGAAUACGACGACGGAAGUUCGCGGUGUACCAGGGUACCAGGAUACGCGACAUGAUGUGCUGCGAGCAAUCAUGGCCUGGGUAGAGAAUGGGACUUCGCCCGGCAGUCUUGUGGCGACGAAAUAUGUGAAUGAUAAUCCGGCGGACGGGGUACAGCGCGCGCCCGCUAUGCCCGUAUCCUGA